AUGGCAUCAGAACAACUAUCUCGCAGAGAAAACAUCACAACCGAGAGAAAGAUCCACAGCGUGGAAGACAAUGUCCCUCAAAGGACAGCACACUUCGAGCAUAGAGAGACUCGCGAGCUUGGACCAAACGUUCAGUCUCUCCCUCGCAACGAGAAUCAAAGUUACAUUGAUCGUGGUGCACGUGUUCCUCUGACUGCAAAUGUAUCAGAAAGUUACCUUGAUCGUGCAGGUGUUCCUUUGAAUGCAAAUGUAGGAGAACACCGUGAUGUGGGCAAGUUUCAACAAAACAUAGCAUUGGGAAAAGGACAAGUUGUGGGAGAGAGGGGAAGAGUACUUGGUACUGAAAAUCAAGGUGUGAUAUUGGAGAAAAGUGUUGCGGAGGAAAGAGAGAGAGCGAGAGAGAGAGCAAGAGAAGAAGAAGAGAAAAGGUUAACAAUGGAAGAGAUAUCCAAGUAUAGAAACCAAGCUCAACAAAGUGCAUUGGAAGCGCUUUCAGAGGCACAAGAGAAAUACGAAAGAGCCAAACAAGCAACAAACGAAACACUGAGUAAUACAGCACAAACAGCACAACAGAAAGCAGCACAAGCCAAAGAUGCAAAUCUUGAGAAAACACAACAAGGUUAUGAGGCAACAAGAGACACUGUUUCAAAUGCUGCAAGAACUGCUGCUGAGAAAGCAGGACAGGCUAAAAAUGCAACUCUUGAAAAGACACAACAAGGUUAUGAGGCAACAAAAGACACGGUUUCAAAUGCUGCAAAAACUGCGGUGGAGUAUGCUACUCCUGCUGCGGAGAAAGCCAAGUGUGCGGCUCUGGAAACCGGGAAGACAGCGGCUGAGAAAGCCAAGUGUGCUGCGGAAAUUGCCACCAAAGUGGCGGUUGAUCUGAAAGAGAAGGCCACUGUGGCAGGCUGGACUGCGUCACAUUAUGCCACGCAGUUGACCGUGGAUGGAACGAAGGCUGUGGCGAAUGCUGUUGAAGGAACGGUUGGAUAUGUUGCACCAAAGGCUUCUGAACUUGCGGCAAAGUCAGUGGAAACUGUUAAAGGUUUGGCUGCUUCUGCUGGUGAGACUGCUAAGGAGUUUACUGCCAGAAAGAAAGAAGAAUCAUGGCGUGAAUAUGAGGCCAAAAGGGCUACUCAACUUCAGGAAGGUGAAGAAAUCUUGCCAUCAAAUGUGAGCAACUAUACACAAAAAGUGAUACCAAGUGGAGAAAGAACUCAAGCACAAGGAACCAAUCUUCAAGAGAAGGUACAAGGAAAAGGAAGUGAUAUAUUAGGAGCUGUGACUGAAACUGUGAGUGACAUUGGAAGUAGCAUGAUUAAACCAAUAGAUAAUGCUGCUAAUACUAAAGUUAAGGAACAUGGUGGCACAACUAUUACUCAAAAGGGACAAGAUGCUGGUGGUGUUUUGGAUGCUAUUGGUGAAACUAUAGCUGAAAUUGCACAUACAACUAAAGCCAUUGUUGUUGGUGAAGAUGAUCAAGUAGAAAAGUCAAUGCAGAAGAAUACUGGGCCAGAUUCUCACUCUCUUGAUCGUGCCAAGCAUGAGGGAUAUAGAGCACCAAAGAAUAAUCUUUCUUAA